AUGGCGACGACGACCGAGGUGCACUGGUCCAAGACCGAGUAUGGCCUGGACCUGGACCCGACGCUCUGCAAGAACCUCGAGGCCUCGGGCAUUCACUCGUUCUUUCCGAUCCAGCACAUUACGAUCCCCAAGAUCCUCGCCACGGGCUACACCAAGGACCUCUGCAUCAACGCGCCGACGGGCAGCGGCAAGACCAUGGUCUACUGCCUUCCGAUCGUGCAGCGCCUUGUGAACCGCGUCUUUCGCCGGCUCCGCGCCGUCGUGAUCGUGCCCAGUCGCGAUCUCGUCGUGCAAGUCAAGAAGGUGCUCGACGGCCUCGUGCUCGGCACCCCAUUGACGGUCGGCGUGGCCAUGGGCCAGUCCAACUUUACGGCCGAGCAGCGGACGCUCACGGAUGCGAAGGGCAACAGCCUCGUCGACAUCCUCGUUGCGACGCCCGGUCGUCUCGUGGACCACCUCGAGCAAACGCCGGGCUUUACGCUCCAGCACGUGCAGUUUGUCGUCGUCGACGAGGCCGAUCGCCUCCUGAACCAGUCGUACCAGGACUGGAUCACAAAGCUGUACAACAGCAUCUACGUCACCGAGUCGUCGCUCGAGAACUUGAACCGAGGGACGGCGCUGCACCCGGCGACGAUUCGCCGGCCGGACGGCAAGAACCCGCACCGCAUCCGCAUCCCGCUCAUCCGCAUUCUGCUCUCGGCGACGCUGACGCGCAACCCGCGCAAGCUCGCGGCCAUCGGCAUGCCCCACGCCGAGCUCGUCACGGUCAACGAGGAGCUCAACGUCGCGUCCGAGUCCAAAGUCAACCUCUUUGCGACGCCCGCCAACCUCGAGGAAGGCAUGGUCGAGUGCGAGGCCGCCGAGAAGCCGCUCGUGCUCCUCGAGCUCCUCCACAGCUUUGGCGACCAGCUCACGAUCAUCUUUACGUCGUCGAUCAACGCGACGCAUCGUCUCUGCCGCCUCCUCCAGCUGUAUGCAACCAACCCCGAAAGCGUCCGCGAGUACUCGAGUACGCUCAACCAGAAGCAGCGGUCGCAGCUCGUGCAAGCCUGCCACCGCGGAACGAUCAAGAUCGUCGUGUGCUCGGACGCCAUGGCGCGUGGUAUGGACAUUGCACACGUCGAGAACGUCGUCAACUACGACGUUCCGCCCUACAUCAAGACGUACAUCCAUCGUGUCGGUCGUACGGCGCGUGCGGGCCGCGCGGGCCGCGCCGUGACGCUGGUCAAGAAGGGCCAAACCAAGGGCCUCUCGCGCAUGCUGGCCAAGGCCGAGAAGGCGCCGCUGCCCGUGUAUCCCGUCGACGCCGAGCACAUGCAGACGCUCGUGCCCCGGUACACGGUCUGCCUGGCCUCACUCAAGGAGACGCUUGCCAAGGAGAAGGCGGGGCACCUCGGCCUCACCACCGGUAUCAGCGUUGUUGUGGGUACCGGCGUCAUCGUUGGCACCGUCGUCAUCGUUGGCACCGUCGUCAUCGUUGGCACCGGCGUCGUCGUGGGCACCGGCGUCGUCGUUGGCACCUGCGUCGUCUCGUCGUCGUGGGUGCCGGUGAUCGCGACGGAAGGGCUGUCGGGCGUCGCGUUGACGGUCGUGGUGUUUUCGGACGGACUGUCGUUGGCCUGCGUCGGUGUCGACGCAUUCGAUGGUACGGUGAUGGCUGGCGUCGGAGCAAUGGUCGAUGCGUUCGGGGCGAGCGUCGAUGCAUUGGGCGGGAAGUGA